CACUUCUACUGUUAAUCGCUCUGUCUGUAUAUAUGUGUGUAUUAUGUUUUGUUUGUACAAAGUUUUGUGCUUUCUGGAAGAACGGAAGGCAAUGUAGGCGAUCAGAGAUCAGGAGUCUUCGAAACCCUAGAUAACAUUGCAGUCAAUUGCUUCUGUUGAUUUUGACUGCUGGGUAAUCGGUAUUUAAGUAGUGAAUAAUGAGUGCCCAAAGUGCGUUGGAUAACACCCUCAGGGAAAUACUACAAGUUGUCCAACCCUCGCCCAAGGAUUGGACAACACGGUUGCAAAUCAUUCAUGAGUUACGAGAAGCCAUUGAAUCCAUGGAAAGUUUAAGAGGUGCAACUGUGGAGCCAUUUGGGUCAUUUGUGUCUAAUCUUUUCACAAUAUGGGGGGACCUGGAUGUUUCAAUUGAGUUUACCAAUGGUUCAUUUGUUUCAUCUAAUGGAAAAAAGCAGAAACAGCGUUUACUAGGAGAUGUUAUGAAUGCUUUGAGACAGAAAGGUGGAUGGAGGAGGUACCAAUUGAUACCCAAUGCAAGAGUUCCCAUUUUAAAGGUUGAAAGUAAUAUCCAAAACGUCUCUUGUGAUAUUUCUAUCGAUAAUCUGAAAUGUCAAGUGAAGUCCAAACUCUUGCUCUGGAUCAGUGAGAUAGAUCCACGCUUCCGCGACACGGUUUUACUGGUAAAGGAAUGGGCAAAAGCACACAAAAUAAAUAAUCCAAGAGCCGGGACUUUCAAUUCAUACUCUCUCACGUUGCUUGUGCUAUUCCAUUUUCAGACAUGUUCACCUGCAAUUUUGCCACCUCUUAAAGAUAUAUAUCCUGGAAAUAUCAUUGAUGAUCUUAGAGGCUUGAGGGUUGAUACAGAGAGACACAUCGCAGAAACAUGUGUUGCAAAUAUAGAAAGGAUAAAAAGAGCAUACAGCAUGAGACCAAAAAACAGAAGUUCUUUGUCUGAGCUUUUUGUCUCAUUCCUUGGGAAGUUUUCUGACAUUAGUACGAGGGCUUCAGAGUUUGGAAUUUGCACUUAUACCGGACAAUGGCACGCCAUAGAAAGCAAUACGAGAUGGUUGCCGAAAACUUCUUAUUCCCUAUUUAUUGAAGAUCCUUUUGAGCAGCCAGAAAACAGUGCCAGGGCUGUUAGGACCGGUGAACUGACAAGGAUAUCGGGAGCAUUUGCGAUGAGCCACCACAGACUUAUCUCAACCGAUCACAGUUCAUUUUCUAACAUGCCUGAUCAGAGGUCUCUUCUUGCCACCCUAGUCCGACCGCAAACUUCACGUCUUAUUGUUGGACCACCUCUUAGGAAUCCGGUAUACAAUCCUGAGCACCGCCAACCAACUCAUCCACAACGGUUCAGGGCUGAGAGCUCACGUGGGCGAACACCAACCAGCAAUAAUGGUGCUCGAAAACUAACUCAUCCUCAGGUGAACCAACUGGUGCCCUCACCUUCACAAGUGCAACCUCUUCUGGUGCCCAUGCUAGUGCACUCACGCUCACAAGUGCAACCUCCUCAGGUGCACAAGCUAGUGCACUCACCCUCACAAGUGCAACCUCAAUUGCAGACGGCGGAGCCAAAACGGUAUGACAAUAGGUCAACCACGGGGCCAAAACAGUAUCGCAACAGGUCAACCACCAUAAAACCUCCUCCGCAAACACACCAAGACCGACCGCAGCAAAUGUGGAGACCAAGAUCUGAUACAUGCUGAAUGUGUGAUGUGAGUUUUUCCAUUCAAGCAUGCAUUGCCUGGCUUUUGAUUGAUAAGUAAGAAACAUUUCUAGUAUGCAAGUUGGAUCGUCACAGCUGGUUCGAUGCAACCUAGAAUUCAAGUGAGAAACAAGUGAUUGAGUCUUUGUUCUUUUGUUUUAUCGACUGAAAGAUUACGCUGGUCCGUAGAUUCCCUCGGAUUGGUUUAGGGUUCAUCAGUCACUCUCCUGCACAAAUGGAAUGUGCAUGAUAUGUGUGUAUAAGACAAUAUUGAUGGUUGGUGUAGAUUAUGACUUAAAGAAGCAAACGGGUUGCUUCUACCCAAUUUCUCUA